AUGCAAGAAAUCGAUAAGCUGGAGAUGCUGAUGGGUGAACAGAAUUUCACAAAUUUGAGGCCAAUUCCAUGGAAACGAGUCGCACGAAUUAGUAACACAACAAAAGAGUUACGAGCGAUUUUGGAUUCGGUGCAUUUGAAUGGACUGAUGAUUCAGGACGGAGAUGAAUCAUCGCUGGCCAGUAUUGGUAUUAGCGAUAGCUCUCUCAGUGAAGUGAACGGAGUUGUGGAACAGGCGAAAUUUUUGCUGGAACGAAGCAAUAAAUCAAAAAAUAACCUCGAAGCAAUAAUUGGAGAGACUCUUGGACUCACAGAAAAAGCUCAGCAAUAUUCCAGAAUUCUCCAAGAUAUUGUAAACCAGUUUCAACAUUAUGUUAAGUACGGUGGUAGCAAGCAGGAUAGUUCGCAGAUCGAUGUUUGGGUGCAAGAAGCAAAUGCCUAUCUCGAAGCUAUAAAAGAGCGCGGAACUUACAUCGAAAAGAGAUACAAUCGUGGAACUAUCGAAUUUGAGUUAGUUUUUGUGUUACAUCACUUUACAGCUACGAUCUUCUUGUCUACCCUACUCGGCAUUACAAUUUUGGCUGAGCUUCUUUCGCUCUUUAUUCUCAUCCUAUUAUUAAUUUUAGAUAGAAUUAUCAAAAGGGAAAAUGCACGCUACAGG